CCGCCCCGCGGUGCCGAUGGCCCCGCCCCUUUAGCAACGGUUCAGCGUCCCUCCCUAGAGACGGGGCUGACGCGUCCCGCACUGCUCGGUGGAGCCGGUGGUGGAUGUGCAUGCACCCCGGUGGCAUCUGCUACUUCCUUUGCAAAGACAGGAGAGGGUGUACGUUUUCUGAGCUGAUCUGAUCCUGAGAGCCACGGAGCUUCGGCUGGGACAUCUCCCUGAGAAGCAGCAUGGAGCAGCCUAACGGAAAAGGCUGUAGCCCAGGAAGGACCCCUCAGGGCCCAGAAGGCAGCAGUGCUCCUGUGGUCCAAGCAGGGACUCACAGGGGCGUAGAGUAUAACCCAGGGAGGAUUCUUCCAGGAUCAGAAUAUAGGUUGGGGAAUCCUCCAGGCCUUGACCCCAAGCUCCCACCUUUACCCCUGCCCCCAGCCCCACCCACACUCUCAGACUUGGGGCAGCCGCAGAAGUCACCCUUGACAGGCACUGAUAAGAAGUACCCGCUGAUGAAGCAGCGUGGGUUCUACUCCGACAUCCUCAGCCCUGGAACCUUGGAUCAACUUGGAGAGGUGUGCCGUGGCCCCCGAAUGAGCCAGAGCCUCCUGCGGCAGGCUGACCUCGACAAGUUCACCCCAAAAGUCGGAACCUUCCAGGUUCCCAAGGACUUCCAGGAGCGCAUAGAGCAACAGUGCAUCGGGUCCACCACCCGGCUGCUGGCCCAGACUGACUUCCCGCCUCAGGCCUAUGAGCCCAAGGUGCAGGUGCCUUUCCAGGUGCUGCCGGGCCAGCGCCCCCGCAAGAUUGAGAUCGAGAGGAGGAAACAGCAGUAUCUGAGCCUGGACAUUGAGCAGCUGCUGUCCAGCCAGGGCAUCGACUCCAACAAGCUCAUGCCCAGACACCCGGACCCCCAGCACCGCCAAACCAUCGAGCAGGGCAAUGACCCACUCUUCCCCAUCUACCUCCCACUGAAGGUAUUUGACGAUGAGGAGUUUGACUGCCGGACUCCCAGAGAGUGGAUCAACAUGGGCUUGGAACCAGGGUCUCUGGACAGGAAACCUGUUCCGGGAAAAGCCCUCCUGCCCACUGAUGACUUCCUGGGGCAUGAGGACCCCAAGAAUCCGAAGCUAACGUACAAAUGGUGCAAGGUAGGCGUCCUGGACUACGACGAGGAGAAGAAGCUAUACCUGGUACACAAGACAGACGAGAAAGGCCUGGUGCGAGAUGAGAUGGGAAGGCCCAUCUUGAAUGCAGGGGUCACCCCUGAAGGAAGGCCACCCCUUCAGGUCUGUCAGUACUGGGUGCCACGGAUCCAGCUUCUCUUCUGUGCUGAGGACCCUUGCGUGUUCACGCAACGUGUGGUCCAGGCCAACGCCCUACGCAAGAACACAGAGGCACUGCUGCUCUACAACCUGUAUGUGGACUGUAUGCCCUCUGACGGCCGGCGCGUCAUCAGUGAGCAGAGCCUGAGCAAGAUCAAGCAGUGGGCCCUGAGCACGCCCAGGAUGCACAAAGGCUCCUCGGUUCUAGAGCACCUCAGCAGUCUCGCCAGAGAAGUGAGCCUGGACUAUGAGCGCAGCAUGAACAAGAUCAACUUUGACCACAUUGUCUCUUCCAAGCCUGAGACCUUCUCCUAUGUGACCCUCCCCAAGAAGGAGGAGGAGCAGGUGCCUGAGCAAGGGUUGGUGAGUGUCCCCAAGUACCCCUUCCGGGAACAGAAGGAGGACUUCACCUUUGUGUCCCUGCUCACACGGCCAGAGGUCAUCACGGCUCUCAGCAAGGUGAGGGCCCAGUGCAACAGUGUGACCACCAUGUCCCUGUUCCACUCAAACCUCUCCAAGUACAGCCGCCUGGAGGAGUUUGAGCAGAUCCAGUCACAGACCUUCUCCCAGGUGCAGAUGUUCCUCAAGGACAGCUGGGUCAACUCGCUCAAGGUGGCCAUGCGCAGCAGCCUGCGCGACAUGAGCAAGGGCUGGUACAACCUCUACGAGACCAACUGGGAGGUGUACCUGAUGUCCAAGCUGCGCAAGCUGAUGGAGCUGGUGAAGUACAUGCUGCAGGACACGCUGCGCUUCCUGGUGCAGGACUCGCUCGCCAGCUUCUCACAGUUCAUCAGCGAUGCCUGCCACAGCGUGCUCAACUGCACCGACGACAUGGUCUGGGGUGACGACUUAAUUAACAGCCCCUACAGGCCCCGGAAGAAUCCCCUGUUCAUCGUGGACCUGGUGCUGGACAGCUCUGGGGUGCACUAUAGCACCCCACUGGAGCAGUUUGAGGCAUCUCUGCUGAACCUCUUCGACAAGGGCAUCCUGGCCACCCACGCCGUGCCCCAGCUGGAGAAGCUGGUGAUGGAGGACAUCUUCAUCAGCGGUGACCCCCUGCUGGAGUCGGUGGGCCUUCAUGAGCCACUGGUGGAGGAGCUACGGGCCACCAUCUCCAGCGCCAUGGCCAAGGCCAUGAUCCCACUGCGGGCCUAUGCCAAAGAGUACCGAAAGUACCUGGAGCUGAGCAACAACGACAUCGCCACUUUCCUCAAAGCCUACCAGACGCAGGGCCUGUCGGCCCAGGAAGUGCGGGAGGUGGUGCUCACCCACCUGCGGGAAAAGGAGAUCCUGGACAGUUCGCUGCCCAGCAGCAUCAUCAUCGGACCUUUCUACAUCAACACUGACAACGUCAAGCAGAGCCUGUCCAAGAAGCGCAAGGCCCUGGCCACUUCCAUGCUGGACAUCCUUGCCAAGAACCUGCACAAGGAGGUGGACAGCAUCUGCGAGGAGUUCCGCAGCAUCAGCCGCAAGAUCUAUGAGAAGCCCAACAGCAUUGAGGAGCUGGCUGAGCUGCGAGAAUGGAUGAAGAGCAUCCCGGAAAGGCUGGUGGGCCUGGAGGAACGGAUUGUGAAGGUCAUGGAUGACUACCAGGUCAUGGAUGAAUUCCUCUACAACCUCAGCUCAGAUGACUUCAAUGACAAAUGGAUUGCCAGCAACUGGCCUUCUAAGAUCCUUGGGCAGAUAGAGAUGGUGCAGCAGCAGCAUAUGGAGGAUGAGGAGAAGUUCCGCAAAAUCCAGAUCAUGGAUCAGAACAACUUCCAGGAGAAGCUGGAAGGGCUACAGCUGGUGGUAGCUGGCUUCUCCAUCCACGUGGAGAUUGCACGAGCACAUGAGAUUGCCAAUGAGGUGCGGCGCAUGAAGAAGCAACUGAAGGACUGCCAGCAGCAGGCUGUGCUCUACAACAACCGCGAGCGCAUCUUCGGCUUGCCCAUCACCAACUACGACAAGCUCUCCAGGAUGGUGAAGGAGUUUCAACCCUACCUGGACCUCUGGACCACAGCCUCUGACUGGCUGCGCUGGUCAGAGAGCUGGAUGAAUGACCCCCUGUCCGCCAUCGACGCUGAGCAGCUAGAGAAGAAUGUGAUUGAGGCCUUCAAGACCAUGCACAAGUGCGUGAAGCAGUUCAAGGACAUGCCAGCCUGCCAGGAAGUGGCCUUGGACAUCCGGGCUCGCAUCGAGGAGUUCAAACCAUACAUCCCACUGAUCCAGGGACUGCGUAACCCUGGCAUGCGUAACCGGCACUGGGAGGUGCUGUCCAACCAGAUCAACAUCAACGUCAGGCCCAAGGCCAACCUGACCUUCGCUCGCUGCCUUGAGAUGAACCUGCAGGACCAUAUUGAGAGCAUCAGCAAGGUGGCCGAGGUGGCUGGCAAGGAGUAUGCCAUCGAGCAGGCACUAGACAAGAUGGAGAAGGAGUGGUCAACCAUCCUGUUCAACGUCCUGCCCUACAAGGAGACAGACACCUACAUCCUGAAGAGUCCAGAUGAGGCCUCGCAGCUGCUGGACGACCACAUUGUCAUGACCCAGAGCAUGUCCUUUUCACCCUACAAGAAGCCCUUUGAGCAGCGCAUCAACUCCUGGGAGAACAAACUGAAGCUGACCCAGGAGGUGCUGGAGGAGUGGCUGAACUGCCAGCGGUCCUGGCUCUACCUGGAGCCCAUCUUCAGCUCUGAGGACAUCAACCGGCAGCUGCCUGUGGAAAGCAAGCGCUACCAGACCAUGGAGCGGAUCUGGAAGAAGAUCAUGAAGCAUGCCUACGAGAACCGAGAGGUGAUCAAUGUGUGUUCAGAAGUGAGGAUGCUGGACAGCCUGCGGGACUGCAACAAGAUACUGGACCUGGUGCAGAAGGGCCUCAGCGAGUACCUGGAGACUAAGCGGAGUGCCUUCCCCAGAUUCUACUUCCUAUCGGAUGAUGAACUCCUAGAGAUCUUGUCGCAGACAAAGGACCCCACGGCUGUGCAGCCACACCUGCGCAAGUGCUUCGAGAACAUCGCCCGGCUGCUGUUCCAGGAGGACCUGGAGAUCACGCACAUGUACUCGGCCGAGGGGGAGGAGGUGCAGUUGUCUUUCUCCAUCUACCCCUCCAGCAACGUGGAGGACUGGCUGCGGGAGGUAGAGCGCAGCAUGAAGGCCAGUGUGCGCCACAUCAUCGAGAGGGCCAUCAAGGCCUACCCCACGAUGCUCAGGACCCAGUGGGUUCUGAACUGGCCUGGCCAGGUGACCAUCGCUGGGUGCCAGACCUACUGGACCAUGGAGGUGGCAGAGGCUCUGGAGGCUGGCGACCUCAGAAGCCGGCUGUUCCCCCAGCUCUGCCAGCAGCUCAGUGACCUUGUGGCCCUGGUGCGGGGGAAGCUGUCCCGCAUGCAGCGGGCAGUGCUGUCAGCACUAAUCGUCAUUGAGGUCCACGCCAAGGACGUGGUGAGCAAGCUGAUCCAGGAGAACGUGGUCAGCGUGAAUGACUUUGAGUGGAUCUCACAGCUGAGGUACUACUGGACGAAUAAUGACUUAUACAUCCGUGCUGUGAAUGCCGAGUUCAUCUAUGGCUACGAGUACCUGGGCAACAGUGGGAGGCUGGUGAUCACGCCCCUCACCGACAGGUGCUACCUGACGCUGACUGGGGCCCUGCACCUCAAGUUUGGGGGUGCCCCAGCUGGCCCAGCUGGCACAGGCAAAACUGAGACCACCAAAGACCUGGGCAAGGCCUUGGCCAUACAGACCGUUGUGUUCAACUGCUCUGACCAGCUCGACUUCAUGGCCAUGGGCAAGUUCUUCAAGGGCCUGGCCAGUGCCGGGGCCUGGGCCUGCUUUGAUGAGUUCAAUCGCAUCGACAUUGAGGUGCUGUCUGUGGUGGCACAGCAGAUCACCACCAUCCAGAAGGCGCAGCAGCAACGGGUGGAACGCUUCAUGUUUGAGGGUGUGGAGAUCCCACUGGUACCAUCCUGUGCCGUGUUUAUCACCAUGAACCCAGGCUACGCUGGCCGCACGGAGCUGCCUGACAAUCUGAAGGCGCUUUUCAGACCCGUGGCCAUGAUGGUUCCGGACUACGCCAUGAUUGCUGAGAUCUCCCUCUAUUCCUUUGGCUUUAAUGAGGCCAAUGUGCUGGCAAAGAAGAUCACAACCACCUUCAAGCUGUCCUCUGAGCAGCUCAGCUCCCAGGAUCACUAUGACUUCGGGAUGAGAGCCGUGAAGACUGUGAUCUCGGCUGCUGGGAACCUCAAGCGAGAAAACCCCAGCAUGAAUGAGGAGCUGAUCUGCCUCCGGGCCAUCCGCGAUGUGAACGUGCCCAAGUUCCUGCAGGAUGACCUCAAGCUCUUCUCUGGGAUCGUGUCUGACCUGUUUCCCACCAUCAAGGAGGAGGACACAGACUACGGCAUCCUGGACAAGGCCAUCCGAGAGGCCUGCAGAAAGAGCAGCCUCAAGGAUGUGGAGGGCUUCCUGACCAAGUGCAUCCAGCUCUACGAGACCACAGUGGUGCGGCAUGGCCUCAUGCUUGUCGGCCCCACAGGCUCCGGGAAGAGUACUGUAAGCAGAGCUAAGCUUGGCAGCCAGUGCCCAGACAGUGGGCCUUUGGGGGGGUGCGGCUUCAACAGCGGUUGGACACCAUUUGUGCCCCUCGGCCUGUAUAAUACCCCUCCCCCUCCCCAUGGUCCCCAGCCCACUCUCUGGGAGCCCAGAGGCUCACUCUCAGGCAGUCCAUCUCCCCAGUGUUACAGAGUCCUGGCAGCUGCCAUGACGUCACUGAAAGGGCAGCCAUCCAUCAGUGGUGGCGUCUAUGAGGCUGUCAGUUACUACGUUCUCAACCCCAAGUCCAUCACAAUGGGUCAGCUGUACGGGGAGUUUGACCUGCUCACCCAUGAGUGGACAGAUGGGAUUUUCUCCUCACUCAUCCGGGUGGGGGCCAUCGCCUCCGACACGAACAAGAAGUGGUACAUGUUUGAUGGGCCAGUGGACGCUGUCUGGAUUGAGAACAUGAACACAGUGCUAGACGACAACAAGAAGCUGUGCCUCAGCUCCGGGGAGAUCAUCAAGCUCACGGAGGCAAUGACCAUGAUGUUUGAGGUGCAAGACCUGGCAGUGGCCUCGCCAGCCACGGUCUCCCGCUGUGGUAUGGUGUACCUGGAGCCCAGCAUCCUGGGGCUCAUGCCCUUCGUCGAGUGCUGGCUAAGGAAGCUGCCCCCAUUGCUGAAGCCCUACGAGGAGCAUUUCCAGGUCCUCUUUGUCAGCUUCCUGGAGGAAUCCAUCUCCUUCGUUCGGUCCUCAGUGAAGGAGGUGAUCACCUCGACCAAUGGCAACCUCACCAUGAGCCUCCUGAAGCUGCUGGACUGCUUCUUCAAGCCCUUUCUGCCUAGAGAGGGCCUCAAGAAAAUACCCUCUGAAAAGCUGAGUCGCGUCGUAGAGUUGAUCGAGCCCUGGUUCAUCUUCUCCCUGAUCUGGAGCGUAGGUGCCACUGGGGACAGCAAUGGCCGCGCCAGCUUCAGCCACUGGCUAAGGUUCAAGAUGGAGAAUGAACAGCUGACUCUGCUCUUCCCAGAAGAAGGGCUGGUGUUCGAUUACAGGCUGGAGGACGCGGGCAUCAGCGGCACCGACGAGGAUGAGGAUGAAGAGGAGGAGCACAAGCAGGUUGCCUGGGUGAAGUGGAUGGACUCCUCAGCGCCAUUCACCAUAGUACCAGACACCAGCUACUGCAACAUCAUUGUGCCUACCAUGGACACUGUGCAGAUGUCCUACCUGCUGGACAAGCUGCUCACCAAUAAGAAGCCCGUACUGUGCAUUGGGCCAACAGGCACUGGGAAGACGCUCACCAUCUCCAACAAGCUCCUCAAGAACCUGGCGCUGGAGUAUGUCAGCCACUUUCUCACCUUCUCAGCCCGCACUUCAGCCAACCAGACCCAGGACCUCAUCGACAGCAAGCUGGACAAGAGGCGGAAAGGUGUGUUUGGGCCACCUCUGGGGCGCAACUUUAUCUUCUUCAUUGAUGACCUGAACAUGCCAGCCCUGGAGACGUAUGGCGCACAGCCACCUAUCGAGCUGUUGCGUCAGUGGAUGGACCACGGCGGCUGGUACGACCGCAAGGUCAUCGGUGCCUUCAAGAACCUAGUGGACAUCAACUUUGUCUGCGCCAUGGGCCCCCCGGGUGGAGGGAGGAACAAUGUCACCCCUCGGCUGACGCGUCACUUCAACUACCUGUCUUUCACCGAGAUGGAUGAGGUCAGCAAGAAACGCAUCUUCUCCACCAUCCUGGGCAACUGGAUGGCUGGACUCCUUGGAGAAAAAAGCUACCGGGAGCCUGCACCCGGGGCCCCCCACAUUGCCCACCUCACGGAGCCCCUUGUGGAAGCCACCAUCACAGUGUAUGCCACCAUCACCUCUCAGCUGCUGCCCACUCCAGCCAAGUCCCACUACACCUUCAACCUGAGGGACCUCUCCAAGGUCUUCCAAGGCAUGCUCAUGGCUGACCCGGCCAAGGUCGAGGACAAAGUGCAGCUGCUGCGACUGUGGUAUCACGAGGACUGCCGCGUGUUCCGCGACCGACUGGUGAAUGAGGAGGACCGCAGAUGGUUUGACCAGCUCCUCAAGCGCUGCAUGGAGCAGUGGGAGGUGACCUUCAACCAGGUCUGCCCCUUCCAGCCCAUCCUUUAUGGGGACUUCAUGUCACCAGGCUCCGAUGUCAAGUCCUACGAACUCAUCACCAGCGAGAGUAAGAUGACACAGGUGAUCGAGGAGUACAUGGAGGACUACAACCAGAUCAACACGGCCAAGCUGAAGCUGGUCCUCUUCAUGGAUGCCAUGAGCCACAUCUGCCGCAUCAGCCGUACCCUGCGCCAGGCGCUGGGCAAUGCACUCCUGUUGGGCGUGGGUGGCAGUGGCCGCAGCUCCCUCACACGCCUCGCCUCGCACAUGGCCGAAUAUGAGUGCUUCCAGAUUGAACUAUCCAAGAACUACGGCAUGUCUGAAUGGCGAGAGGAUGUCAAGAAGGUCCUGCUCAAGGCGGGCCUGCAGAACCUACCCAUCACCUUCCUGUUCUCAGACACCCAGAUCAAGAACGAAUCCUUCCUGGAGGACAUCAACAACGUCCUGAAUUCUGGUGACAUUCCCAACCUCUAUAAUGCGGAUGAACAGGACCAGAUCGUCAGUGCCAUGCGGCCCUAUAUCCAAGAGCAGGGCCUGCAGCCCACCAAGGCCAACCUCAUGGCUGCCUACACUGGGCGCGUGCGCAGCAACAUCCACAUGGUGCUGUGCAUGAGCCCUAUUGGAGAGGUCUUCCGAGCUCGUCUGAGGCAGUUUCCUUCCCUGGUCAACUGCUGUACCAUCGACUGGUUUAAUGAGUGGCCGGCAGAGGCCCUGAAGUCUGUGGCCACCAUGUUCCUCAAUGAGAUCCCAGAACUAGAAUCCUCCAAUGAAGAAAUCCAAGGACUGAUCCAGGUCUGUGUGUACAUCCACCAGUCAGUGUCCAAGAAGUGCACUGAGUACCUGGCAGAGCUGGCCCGUCACAACUAUGUGACCCCCAAGAGCUACUUGGAGCUGCUUCAUAUUUUCUCCAUCCUCAUUGGGCAGAAGAAACUGGAGCUGAAAACUGCCAAGAACCGCAUGAAGAGUGGCCUCGACAAGCUGCUGCGCACUUCUGAGGACAUAGCCAAGAUGCAGGAGGAGCUGGAGAUUAUGCACCCCCUGCUGGAGGAGGCUGCCAAGGACACCAUGCUCACCAUGGAGCAGAUCAAGGUGGAUACGGCCAUCGCCGAGGAGACUCGGAAUUCAGUGCAGGCAGAGGAGAUCAAAGCCAACGAGAAGGCCAAGAAGGCACAAGCUAUUGCUGAUGACGCCCAGAAGGACCUGGAUGAGGCGUUGCCAGCCCUGGACGCGGCACUGGCCAGCCUGCGCAACCUCAACAAGAACGAUGUAACUGAGGUACGUGCCAUGCAGCGGCCACCCCCGGGCGUGAAGCUAGUAAUAGAAGCUGUGUGUAUCAUGAAAGGCAUCAAGCCCAAGAAAGUGCCUGGAGAGAAACCAGGCACCAAGGUGGACGACUACUGGGAGCCCGGCAAGGGGCUGCUGCAGGACCCGGGCCGCUUCCUCGAGAGCCUGUUCAAGUUUGACAAGGACAACAUUGGGGACGCGGUGAUCAAAGCCAUCCAGCCGUACAUUGAUAAUGAAGAGUUCCAGCCAGCCGCCAUUGCCAAGGUGUCCAAGGCUUGCACCUCCAUCUGCCAGUGGGUGCGCGCCAUGCACAAGUACCACUUCGUGGCCAAAGCCGUGGAGCCCAAGCGGCAAGCCCUGCGGGAGGCCCAGGAAGACCUGGAAGUGACGCAGCGGAUCCUGGAUGAGGCAAAGCAGCGCCUUUGUGAGGUGGAGGAUGGCAUCGCCACAAUGCAGGCCAAGUACCGGGAAUGCAUUGCCAAGAAGGAGGAGCUGGAGCUGAAGUGUGAGCAGUGUGGGCAGCGGCUGGGCCGCGCUGGCAAGCUCAUCAACGGGCUGUCGGAUGAGAAGGUGCGCUGGCAGGAGACGGUGGAGAACCUACAGUACAUGCUCAACAACAUCUCCGGCGAUGUCCUGGUAGCUGCUGGCUUUGUGGCCUACCUGGGCCCCUUCACGGGCCAGUACCGCACGGUGCUCUACGACAGCUGGGUCAAGCAGCUCAAGAGCCACAAUGUCCCGCACACCUCCGAGCCCACGCUAAUCGGGACGCUGGGAAACCCUGUGAAGAUCCGCUCAUGGCAGAUUGCUGGCCUCCCCAACGACACACUGUCAGUGGAGAACGGGGUCAUCAACCAGUUCUCCCAGCGCUGGACUCACUUCAUUGACCCUCAGAGCCAGGCCAACAAGUGGAUCAAGAACAUGGAGAAGGACAAUGGGCUGGAUGUGUUCAAGCUGAGUGACCGUGACUUUCUGCGCAGCAUGGAGAAUGCCAUCCGCUUUGGCAAGCCAUGUCUCCUGGAGAACGUGGGCGAGGAGCUGGACCCGGCCCUGGAGCCCGUGCUGCUGAAGCAGACAUAUAAGCAGCAGGGAAACACGGUGCUGAAGCUGGGGGACACGGUGAUCCCCUACCAUGAGGACUUCAGGAUGUACAUCACCACCAAGCUGCCCAACCCACACUACACACCCGAGAUCUCCACCAAACUCACCCUCAUCAACUUCACCCUGUCGCCCAGUGGCCUAGAGGACCAGCUACUGGGCCAGGUAGUGGCAGAGGAGCGACCUGACCUGGAGGAGGCCAAGAACCAGCUGAUUAUCAGUAAUGCCAAGAUGCGCCACGAGCUGAAGGACAUUGAGGACCAGAUCCUGUACCGGCUCAGUUCCUCCGAGGGCAACCCUGUAGAUGACGUGGAACUCAUCAAGGUUCUGGAAGCCUCUAAGAUGAAGGCCGCUGAGAUCCAGGCCAAGGUCAGGAUUGCAGAGCAGACGGAGAAGGACAUUGACCUGACCCGCAUGGAGUACAUACCUGUGGCCGUCCGUACCCAGAUCCUCUUUUUCUGUGUGUCUGACCUGGCCAACGUGGACCCCAUGUACCAGUACUCCCUCGAGUGGUUUCUCAACAUCUUCCUCUCGGGCAUCGCCAACUCAGAGAGAGCAGACAACCUGAAGAAGCGCAUCUCCAACAUCAACCGCUACUUGACCUACAGCCUCUACAGCAACGUCUGUCGCAGCCUUUUUGAGAAGCAUAAGCUGAUGUUUGCCUUCCUGCUGUGUGUUCGCAUCAUGAUGAACGAGGGCAAAAUCAACCAGAGUGAGUGGCGCUACCUCCUGUCCGGGGGCUCCAUCCAGAUUGUGACUGAGAAUCCAGCACCCGACUGGCUGUCAGACCGGGCCUGGCGAGACAUCCUAGCACUCUCGAACCUGGCAACCUUUUCUUCCUUCUCUUCCGACUUUGUGAAGCACCUCUCAGAAUUCCGAGUCAUCUUCGACAGCCUUGAGCCCCACCGGGAGCCUUUGCCUGGCAUCUGGGACCAGUACCUAGAUCAGUUCCAGAAGCUCCUAGUCCUCCGAUGCCUGCGUGGGGACAAGGUUACCAAUGCCAUGCAGGACUUUGUGGCCACCAACCUGGAGCCACGCUUCAUUGAGCCCCAGACAGCCAACCUGUCAGUGGUGUUCAAAGACUCCAACUCCACCACACCCCUCAUCUUUGUGCUGUCACCUGGCACAGACCCUGCUGCUGACCUCUACAAGUUUGCUGAUGAAAUGAAGUUCUCCAAAAAGCUCUCUGCCAUCUCCCUGGGCCAGGGACAGGGCCCUCGGGCGGAAGCCAUGAUGCGUAGCUCCAUAGAGAGGGGCAAGUGGGUCUUCUUCCAGAACUGCCACCUGGCACCAAGUUGGAUGCCAGCCCUGGAACACCUCAUCGAGCACAUCAACCCAGAUAAGGUGCACAGGGACUUCCGCCUCUGGCUCACCAGCCUGCCCAGCAACAAGUUCCCAGUGUCCAUCCUGCAGAACGGCUCCAAGAUGACCAUUGAGCCGCCACGCGGUGUUAAGGCCAACCUGCUGAAGUCCUACAGCAGCCUCAGUGAAGACUUCCUCAACUCCUGCCACAAGGUGACAGAGUUCAAGUCUCUGCUGCUGUCUCUGAGCUUGUUCCAUGGGAACGCCCUGGAGCGCCGUAAGUUUGGGCCCCUAGGCUUCAACAUCCCCUAUGAGUUCACAGAUGGAGACCUGCGCAUCUGCAUCAGCCAGCUCAAGAUGUUCCUGGAUGAAUAUGAUGUCAUCCCCUACAAGGUCCUCAAGUACACGGCAGGGGAGAUCAAUUACGGGGGCCGUGUCACUGACGACUGGGACCGGCGCUGCAUCAUGAACAUCCUGGAGGACUUCUACAACCCCGAUGUGCUCUCCCCUGAGCACAGCUACAGUGCCUCGGGCAUCUACCACCAGAUCCCACCCACCAAUGACCUGCACGGCUACCUCUCCUACAUCAAGAGCCUGCCACUCAAUGAUAUGCCUGAGAUCUUUGGCCUGCAUGACAAUGCCAACAUCACCUUUGCCCAGAAUGAGACGUUUGCCCUGCUGGGUGCCAUCAUCCAGCUGCAACCCAAAUCGUCUUCUGCAGGCAGCCAGGGCCGGGAGGAGAUAGUGGAGGACAUCGCCCAAAACAUUCUGCUCAAGGUGCCUGAGCCUAUCAACUUGCAAUUGGUGAUGGCCAAAUACCCAGUGCUGUAUGAGGAAUCAAUGAACACAGUGCUAGUACAAGAGGUCAUUAGGUACAAUAGGCUGCUGCAGGUGAUCACACAGACACUGCAAGACCUGCUCAAGGCACUCAAGGGGCUGGUGGUGAUGUCCUCACAGCUGGAACUGAUGGCUGCCAGCCUGUACAACAAUACUGUGCCUGAGCUCUGGAGUGCCAAGGCCUACCCAUCACUCAAGCCUCUGUCCUCGUGGGUCAUGGACCUGCUGCAACGCCUGGACUUUCUGCAGGCCUGGAUUGAAGGUGGCAUCCCAGCCAUCUUCUGGAUCAGUGGCUUCUUCUUCCCUCAGGCUUUCUUGACAGGCACUCUGCAGAAUUUUGCCCGCAAAUUUGUCAUCUCCAUCGACACCAUCUCCUUUGAUUUCAAGGUAAUGUCUGAGGCAUCAUCGCAGUUAACACAAAGACCCCAAAUAGGGUGCUAUAUCCAUGGACUCUUCCUGGAAGGUGCCCGCUGGGAUCCAGAGGCCUUCCAGCUGGCCGAGUCUCAGCCCAAGGAGCUGUACACAGAGAUGGCCAUUAUCUGGCUCCUGCCAACACCCAACCGCAAGGCCCAAGACCAGGACUUUUACCUGUGCCCCAUCUACAAGACACUGACUCGUGCUGGAACACUAUCAACCACAGGCCACUCCACCAACUAUGUCAUUGCUGUGGAGAUCCCCACCCAUCAGCCCCAGCGACACUGGAUAAAACGUGGUGUGGCCCUCAUCUGUGCCCUGGACUACUAGACUCAGACAGAAGGGUUCGGGCCAUUAAAGCUGAAUUUUCUAAACAGUCCA